UAUACUGUCUAUGAGGAUACCUGAGUUCCCCGGAAGUUACCUUCAAAUAAAUGAAGUAGUAAAAGAAAUCUUCACUAUCUGUGUCUCUCCUGAAGAUUCACGUCCUGUUGUCCUGCCAUGCGACACUUAAUGUAUUCACUCUCCGCACAAAAAAUGUACCUGUAUAUCCUUGGACUGGUGGCUCCCUGGUUCGCCUAUCGCUGGUACAAGAACAGCAGAAGAGUGCCCAACAAGGAAGAUAAAUAUGUCUACAUUACUGGCUGUGACAGUGGGUUUGGCAAUCUCCUCGCGAGACAUCUGGACAAGCUGGGCUUCAAUGUAAUUGCAUGCUGUUACACUGAGAAGGGUGAGGAUGAGCUGAAGGAGAACGCCUCCGACAGACUGACAACCUUUCACCUGGAUGUCACUGACUCCAAGAGUGUCAGCGAAACGGCAGCUCUCAUCAAGACUGUGGUUGGACAGAAGGGCCUGUGGGCCGUGGUGAACAAUGCUGGAGUCGCUCUGCCUUCUGGUCCCACUGACUGGCUCACUAUAGACGACUACAAGGACAUGAUAGCUGUCAAUCUGUGCGGUGUAAUCGACGUAACACUGAGCGUCCUCCCUCUCAUCAAGAAGGCCAGAGGCAGAGUGGUGAACGUCGCCAGUGUGUUUGGGCGAGUCACCCCGUUCGGCGGACCGUACUGCGUGUCCAAGUACGGAGUGGAGUCCUUCAACGACAGUCUGCGUUUAAACAUGGCACCAUUUGGUAUCAAGGUUGCGUGCAUUGAGCCAGGCUUCUUCAAAACUAAUGUGACUGACGUAGUGGGAAUGCAAAAUAACCUGAGGAAGCUCUGGGACAGAUUACCUCAGGACGUGAAGGACGACUAUGGACCUGCUUUUUUAAAUGACUCUAUUGAAAUGUUGACUCAACGGUUCAGGAUGUUGACGGACAGCAACCUGAUGAAGGUGGUCAGCUGCAUGGAGCACGCCAUCUCUGCCGUUCAUCCUCGUACACGCUACUCUGCCGGAUGGGACGCUAAGUUCUUCUGGUUGCCUGUGUCGUACAUGCCAACCUGCAUCUCCGAUAGGCUUUUGCGUAAACAUAGCCCUACUAUAAAACCAAACCUGCUAAUUUGAAGUUCAUGUAUAUCUUUUUUUUUUUUUUUUUUUUUUUCUUUUUACUGCAAUAACUGUUUGUACAUGAAGGAUUAUUCCAUUGACGACAGCAUUUUCUGUAUCAUAAAACGUGUUUGGCUCUUU